AUGCGAGACAUGCCAACAGGAGACCUGCUUAAACCAACUACUUCUGCCUCUGCCGACUUCCGCACGUCCGCCGCCGUUUUCUGUUUCGCCCGUAAAAUUCCCACGACCGCGACGCCGCAUGUCAGCCAUGAAAAUGCUGGCAUUCCUCGUGUUGCGGCUCGCUGGUGUCGCACAGAAAACGGCGUGGAUAUGCUCAGCGCAUGUGGGAAUCUCAAGUGGGAAAUGGGAGACUAGGAGAAAGAAAAAGUGGCUGGCGCUCCUUAGUCUUCUUCGAGACGAUUAGGUAUGUUUUGGUUCCUUCAGAUUAAUAUCCAGAUCGCAAGCGCUUCUGGAUGGACUGGCGAUGGGUAGGCACAUAUUUAGCGGGAGUGGGCAUCAUCAGCUCAUACUCUUGUAUGUACAUACGUACACUAUAUAUGGAUGUAGUGUAUGCACCAGAGUGAUCGUCAUCUCUGGCAGAUCGAAUGGGGUCAGAUCCGAUGUCAUGGCACGAAACAAGGGCACCACCGGGUGGACGGGCGCGUCUCUUUGGGCCUCUUGUCGUUCUUAUGCCUCUCGGUCUUUCCAGGCCUCUGUUUCACAUCUCCUUGUCACCAUCGACGAGUGUUUGAU